AGGCUAUAUGCUAAGCGUGAUUUAGGGAAGCAUAAACACUUUCCUUAAUUUUUUGUUAAGCUGUUAAUUAACCCAAUCCAGAAGCAGUUGAAAAAAACGGAGCACUAGUUUGAUACACGGAAGGGACAGAACACAACCGAAGUCCCGAAGUGUAACCAGAAGUACCGGCCAAAGCCCUUUUACCUGUCAAAACUGUGUCGUUUGAACCGGAGGACAGAUAGCAACAAUCAAUGGCGUCUUAGGCCAAGCUCCAACGAGUAGCUGAAGCUGAUAGAAGCCAUGGCGGAUCCCUACUACAGAUACAGUGCAUCCGAGGACAGAGUAUCCAGUGUUGCAAGGCCCAGCUUUCCUGGCUACCUGUCGGCUGAAGCACCACCAUUGCCGUCUUAUCCGAAUUUGGGCUCUACUAAUUUGCUUGCUGCUUCUUCAAAUUUCCUGCAGAAAGAUGUGCAGAUAAACUCAUUGCAACCUGGUGCAUAUCACUUUGAUGAUAUUUCGGGUGCUGGAGCUCGUCCUGAUCCUGGUCUUGGUGGUGUAACGGCAGUAGCUAGCACUAAUGGCUUCCCGUCUCCUCUAGAAGAUCCAAACCAAAGACGAGAUGUUGCACCAGGCGUUAGUCCGGGAAUUCGUUCCAUGAGUAAUGAAAUACCUAGCUCUUUGAGAAGCGGUGAUGGCUUCCCAGUUCCAGCUAGGGAAUCAAAUGUUCUGUUUGUUGAUAAACUUCCAAAUGACUGUACCAGAAGAGAAGUGGGUCAUCUUUUCCGUCCAUUUAUUGGCUAUAAAGAUAUUAAAGUUAUUCACAGGGAGCCCAGACGUAGUGGAGAUAAGGCUAAGGUUUUGUGCUUUGUGGAGUUUGCUGACUCUAAAUGUGCUCUGACUGCCCUGGAAGCUAUUCAAGGUUACAAAUUUGAUGACAAGAAACCUGACUCUUCUGCCUUGAGCAUCCAAUUUGCACAUUUUCCAUUCCGCCAACCAUCUGAUCAUGAUGAGGAACGCAAUGCGGUCCCACGCUGACCACAAGUACCUGAUCCUGGGAUUACAAUUGCUAAAAGAAAAAUGCUUGUCCAUUCUGAACUAAAAUCAGUUUUGUCAAAGCUUGACCUUUGUCAUGUGUAUAAUUGUGUGGUGGUGGUUGAUUUUUCUUGAUCAUUUGUUCUGGUGCUUCAACGUUGUAGUUAUACAAGUAAAAUUUGUGCUGAGAUAUUUGACAAUUUUAAAAAGGACAGUUUGUCUAUAAAAUUGUCAUGUCAUUAUUAUCAUGUGAGAAACAUAUGCUUUUUUUUAAUAGCAUGCGAGAAACACAUGAUUUUUUUAAAUUGAAUUUCAUUUAACUCUUUUAAUGCUAUUAGAAAGCAUGUAUUUCUUAUAUGCUCAAGAGACACGUGACAAUUUUAUAGACUAGGUCAGAAGAAAUUUUCUACCCCAGUUUAGAAGAAAACUGUCAUUUUAAAAAUUAACAGUUUUUUGUAGUCGGAUAUACUUUUCCUGAGGAAUUAAUUAAGAAUGUUAUGUGAUUAUUCAUUGUAGUAUGGUACAUGGAAUAUUAUAUCAUGCUUGUAUAUUUGAAGUCAAUUCUGCGAAAAGACAGGGUUGUGCAGCUGUAAGUUUUAUGCCAAUGAUGCUCCUAAAGAUGUUGCUGGCUUGAGCCCAUUUCACGACGGUAUGAUCGGUAAUGCAUUGGUAUGAUUUUUUUGCCUUAUUUCAAAGAUGAUAAAUUGUUGCAUGUAAUGUUUUACUUUUGACUUGCAUUAAAAGAGGGUUUAUAGCAUUACCAUGUUUACGAGGGUUUACUAAUUAAGUCGUGGACUUACCAUUUCUGUAUGUUUCCACAUAUAAAGCAAUGAAACCUAGUCUUGGAGAUGGUGUAGGAAGUCCCGUCGCCGAGAGUGACUUUGAUGAUCUAGCCUGAUUUUUGUUUGGUGGUACGGAUGGUGCCGCUCAUCUGAAAGAUUACCUCGUGGAGAUUGAGUAGUCCUAAUGCCUAUUAGCAGUAUGCCACGUGUCACUAAACAAAAGAUUCAAUUGUUUUACCAUGUAAAAGUAUUGUCUCUCAACAUCGGUGUAAAAUAAUUAUAGAGAGGUCGUAAUACAACAUGUAUACGAAGAGAUGUAUCGAGGUGUGGGAUUGACUAUGCCUUAGUAAAAUGCUAAGAGUUUUUGUUACAGUCCUUUA